CGACGCUAUGAGUGUCUUCGCACGGCCCCAGAACGGAAUGGCCCUGUCGGGAGAGGACUGCGUGGUAUGGCCGGGCUCCCCCUCUCCCUGCAGCCACUGUGGGCUCUCCAGGGCCGCGUGGCGUGGACAUGUCUGUGUACCAGCGGUUAAGUCAGAGGAUGCUGGACAUUUCCGGGGACCGUGGCGUGCUGAAGGACGUCAUCCGAGAGGGUGUCGGAGAGCUGGUGACGCCAGACGCCUCGGUGCUAGUCAAAUAUUCAGGCUACCUGGAGCACAUGGACAAACCCUUCGACUCAAAUUGCUUCCGGAAAACACCACGGCUCAUGAAACUUGGAGAGGACAUCACGCUGUGGGGCAUGGAGCUGGGCCUGCUGAGCAUGCGCCGCGGUGAGCUGGCCCGCUUCCUGUUCACGCCGAACUAUGCCUACGGGGCGCUGGGCUGCCCGCCGCUGAUCCCCCCCAACAGCACCGUGCUGUUUGAGAUCGAGCUGCUGGACUUCCUGGACUCUGCCGAGUCUGACAAGUUCUGCACCCUGUCUGCUGAGCAGCAAGAGCAGUUUCCACUUCAGAAGGUCCUCAAGGUGGCAGCCACUGAGCGUGAGUUUGGCAACCACCUUUUCCGCCAGAACCGCUUCUGUGAUGCCAAAUCGCGUUACAAACGGGCCCUGCUGCUUCUGCACCGUCGGGCCGCCACCCCGGAGGAGCGCCCCCUGGUGGAGGCCGCCAAGCUCCUCGUCCUCCUCAACCUAUGCUUUACGUACCUGAAGCUGGAGCGGCCGGCCCCGGCCCUGUGCUAUGGCAAGCAGGCACUGGUCAUCGACCAGAGGAACCCCAAGGCCCUCUUCAGGUGUGGACAGGCCUGCCUCCUCAUGACCGAAUACGAGAAGGCCCGGGACUUUCUGGUGCGAGCCCAGAAGGAGCAGCCCUUCAACCACGACAUCAACAAUGAGCUGAAGAAGCUGGCCAGCCAGUACAAGGACUACACGGAUAGAGAGCGAGAAAUGUGUCACCGAAUGUUCUCGUCUUGUGACUCCGACCUGUGAAGGUUCUUCAGCUGCUUCCAGCGGAGCGGUGGGCUGCUGUGGGGGUCCUCCAGGCCAUGGGGAGGGGUCUGCAAAGAGCGCCCCCAGUGCCUACCACCUGGCACCCACACUGUGCCACGCCCGUGUGUUUUCACAGGUGCCGUGUUCUGUUCACACUUACUAGGGAAAGUGCAGCUACUGGCAUAUAGAGAACUGCUAUUUAAUUUUUUAAAGGCAGUUUCUUGGAUUUUUUUUUUUUUAAUGCAAGUAGUCCUUGGCUUUCCUCCCAGGAGCAGCCCCUUUCCGGCUGCUCACAACCCUGGAUAAACACAAAUAGAGAUGGCUUUGUGUGUGCUGCAAGUUCUGUGUUUGGAAGACGGAAUUAUGUUACUAGUGUUUUGUUGUAAGUAAAUAAAGCACUUCCUUGUCCUG